AUGUCUUCACUAAUAACAGCUGUAUUUAAAGCCACUAUCGGCCUGUUGGUGAAUAAAGGAAGAGAUAAACUGGCAGAAAAAUUGAAUCAGGGUGAUGUUACAGAUCAGAAAUUCCGUGGUCUGAUCGUCCGUGAAAUCGAUGAAAUAAAGUCGAAGUUGGAUGGUUUAGCAAGAAAGGAUUUGUUAGCAAGUAUCAGCUUUUUUAAGGAAGGAAUCGAGUUGUUGUAUGACGUGUUUGAAAGUGCCAGACCCAGUAGGGAGCGUCGCCCGAUAGCAGCAGCUGCAACAGCUUGUGUUGAGCAAUUCGAUAUUGCUAAAGAAAUGAGGAAAUUGGACAUUUCUGCCUUGGAUGAGUCCGCCAUGAGGAAGCUGGGCAGAGCGAAGAAGAGAUUUGAAGAAGCUCGUCUUGAAGCAAUAAAGGCUUUUAGUAAUGAAGCUUUGGAGUUGCCUGAUCGUCUGUUAGCUAUGCAAUAUCGACUGAUGGCGACAAUACUGGAGACGGUUGACAAUCCUACCGAAGCAUUAGCGGCUUGUAGCGUCUGCCUUGACGAGUUACACCAAGUGCCAGCUGUUAAAGAAUAUUUCAAAGUUGAGUUGGAGGAAGGAUUUUGA